AUGAUAAAUAAUUUGCAAGAACAAGUGGCUUGGGUGAAACGAACAAACCCUCAUAUAACACCACAGGCCGUAAUAGAUUUAAUAAGAAAACCGUUCCCCAAAGAUAAACUGGCGCCAAUACCUCAAGUCCCAGAUUCUAUCCCUUCAUCUGAUAAAGAAAACAUCCCUAUUUCAAAAUCUCAACGUAAGGUUCAGUCACGACUACCGUUGAAAACCAUAUCUGCCAAUGAAUCUACAUUGCAAAGCACACCCACCCCAGUGAACAAAACACGUCUCCCGCCAGAAACAAGUGAUAUCAUUGAUUUGACACACAGCCCGCCAAAAAAGAGAUCACCACCACAACCAUCAUCUCCAAUUCAGCCUACACCAAAAAAACAGAAGCUCGAUGAUUCAGUGUUCCGCAAACUCUUAGGGCUACACGAAUCGAAAAUUAAAAUUCUUGAAGAAAAGUUUCUUACAAGCGAAUCCACCCUGAUUUCGCUAGACCAAAAGAAAGAGCUAUAUAAGAAAUUAGAACGCCAAAUUGAGUUAUUGGAUAAUGAAAUAAACGCGCUAAAACUGGGUUUAGAUGAUAGCACCGAGUUGAGCUCCUCUCCGGAUUCACCUGAGUUUAGGGUACCUAUUACGCGUCCCGUAAGAUUAGAAGCAGCCAGAACAAUUGUUGAGAGCACAGAAAACGAGGAAGACGACACUGAGGACCAUUUUGGUGACCAGACCAUGGAUGGUUUGCUUACACCAACACAAGAGCGAAUGUCACAGGACGACCUUAAUGAAAUGGCAAGUUUUAUUGAUGACAGAACAUUCGACAUAACCAGUCAACUGUCAGAUGGCGAGUUUAUUGCUGUUGAAUCAGACACCGAAAUUAAUGAUAUCCGUCUAUCUCCAGAAACAGCUACCAAGUAUGGCAUAAAGUAUAACUCCCAAGUCAUAGGCAAAGCAAGAACAGAAGUAUCGUCACCUAUCAGUAGAGUGCCAGCCAUUCCAGAGAUUGACUCGUCUGAUAGCGAGCCAGAACUACCACCAAUAGAAGAAGAUGAAAUUGAAGAAACCACGAUCCCAAAUCUCCAAAGUGGUCCAGAUUCACCUAUCGUUAUUGAUGAUGAUGACGACGAUUUUUUGGAUUUCACAACUCAGCUCAACAAAGAAAGAGAGAUCGACUUUAUUGAAUUGGACUCUGACGACGACGUACAAGAGGAACAAUGGCCAAAGGAAUCAAACGCACCACCAGCACCAGCACCUACAAACCCAGUCUUAACAAUUGACUCCGACGAUGCUUUUUCCGAUGACGAUGAAGAUUUGAAAGAAUAUUUCACUGAAAACCGUGCAUCCAAAGGUUCUGAACCAUUUAUGGACGAAGUACACAGUAUCCUUAACAACGUGUUUAAACUCAAGUCAUUUAGGGCCAACCAACUUGAAGCAGUACUGGCCACAUUACUGAACAAAGACGUGUUUGUGUUGAUGCCUACGGGAGGAGGUAAAUCUUUGUGUUAUCAGUUGCCAGCAUUGGUGAAGAGCGGUGCCACCAAGGGGACAACGGUGGUCAUCUCUCCCUUGAUUUCGUUGAUGCAAGAUCAAGUUCAGCAUUUAUUGGCAAAAAACAUUAAAGCGGGAAUGUUUAGCUCCAAAGGUGGUAACGACGAUAAUAAACAUACUAUCCAUUUGUUCAGGGAGGGGUUUCUAGACAUUGUGUAUUUAUCACCUGAAAGGGCCAACAAAUCGAAUGCUAUGCAAACAAUUAUGACAAAACUAUACAAUAACAACCAGCUUGCCCGAGUAGUUAUAGAUGAAGCCCAUUGUUUAAGUUCAUGGGGACACGAUUUCCGACCUGACUACCAGGGUCUAGGGUUUUUCAAAGAUAAGUUCCCCAAAGUUCCCAUAAUGGCGUUGACGGCAACUGCCAAUGAAAAAGUGCAGAUGGAUAUACUUCACAAUUUGAAAAUGAAAGACCCGGUAUUAUUGAAGCAAAGUUUUAAUAGAACAAACUUGUUUUAUGAAAUCAAAUUGAAAAAGAGUAAUUGUUUGCUUGAAAUCAAAGACUACAUUUUGAGUCGUUUCCUGGGUAAAUCUGGUAUCAUCUAUUGCCAUUCAAAGCAAUCAUGUGAACAUACAAGCAUGAAACUAAACGAGUAUGGGUUGAAAACAUCAUUUUACCAUGCAGGUAUGAGUGCUGACAAACGAUUCAACAUACAAAAGAGAUGGCAGGAGAAUAAGAUACAAGUGAUUUGUGCUACUAUAGCGUUUGGUAUGGGUAUUGAUAAGCCCGAUGUGAGGUUUGUCAUUCAUUUGUAUUUGCCAAGAACUUUGGAAGGGUACUACCAAGAAACUGGACGUGCUGGCCGUGAUGGGAACUUUUCUGAAUGUGUAAUGUACUACUGCUACAAGGAUGCACGGUCUUUACAAAACUUGAUUCAAAGAGAUGAAGAAUUGAGCGAACUGGGGAGGGAGAGCCAUUUGGCUAAACUAAGACAGGUUAUUCAGUACUGUGAAAACACCACCGAUUGCCGACGCAAACAGGUUUUGCAAUAUUUCAAUGAAACUUUUGAUCCAGCGAAUUGCCACAAGCAAUGCGACAAUUGUCGAGACUAUAACCAUGUGACUCUGGUGGAGAAGGAUUGUACGGAGUAUGCUAAGGAUAUAAUCAAAUUAGUGAAAUCAAUCCAGGAUGAACAAGUGACGGUUUUGUACUGUCAAGAUGUAUUCCGAGGCUUGAGCCAUAAGAAAAUUACUGAAGCAGGUCAUCAUGAAAACGAGUAUCAUGGCAAGGGCCAAUCUUUGGAUAAGAACGACGUGGAGAGAAUAUUCUUCUAUUUAUUGAGUCAACAAUGCAUCGUCGAAUACCACGUAAUGCAUGGUGGUUUUGCCACCGAUUAUGUCAAAGUUGGCAAGAAUGCCGAUGUGGUGUUGAAUGGUCAGAAAAAGAUUAUAAUACUGUUUUCAAGUAGACCUGGAAGUGCCAGCAACAGUCUCGGUAGAACAGCAGCAAAUACUGGCAAGCCAGUUGAAUAUCAGGAGUCGUUUAUUACUGCAAGACAAAUGACAACUGUGGAUGUACCGGACUCUUCGUUUUCACAACGGUGCUUACAAGAAUUGCGUGAAGCUAGAGAAAAGGCACUGACUGAAUGUUCUAUAUCGAAUCUGCAGAUUGUCGGUGAAGUUACGCUCCGGGACAUGCUGGCUAAGUUGCCUACCAAUAAAAAAGAUUUUGCUAAGUUGGAGGGUAUUAAGAAGGGUCAAUUGGAGCAUUUUACCCAUUUCAAAAAGAUCUUGACAUCGUUGGCACGAGAGAAAAAGAAAAUGGCUAACACAUCAAUAAGCACCGUUGUCAGUGAUAUAUCGUCGAUAUCCACAUCUACUGUUUCCCCCUAUUUCCAACCAUCACAGCAAGAUCAAGAGAUAUUGGAUACAUUACGGGCGGCAUCACAGCCAAAGCCCAGUAAAAGUUCUACUCAAUCAAGCUAUACCAAGAAAAAGGGGUCUAAAAAAUUCAAUAAAGGUCGCUCAGGGAAUUAUUUUAAAAAGGCAGCCCCCAAAUCUUUGGCAAACUCUCAUAGAAAUGUAAUGCCUAUGUAA